AUGUCCCGGCAUUCUUUCGGCUCGCCUCCUGCCUUCGGAGAUGCCAAUUUUGCAGCCGUCUUCGGAGUACCCUCAGCUCCGGAACAGGACCCAUCGAUGCUCAAUUAUCGAGGUUACGCUCUUCAUCAGGCAUUCGACCUCCGAAGCAGAAUGGCUAUCUCGCGAGAGAAGCCUUUGGUGGGGAUGUUCUACGGCGCGUUUCCUCAUCCGUCUGUAGCAAGAAUGAUUGGUCAAGCCGGUUUUGAUUAUGUGAUUCUAGAUUGGGAACACACGCCUUACAAACUCAUCAAAGUAAUUCAAUACGCUGGAGAAGGCCGCACCGCGGUUGUCGUCCGUAUUCCGGGACAUGAUCAUCACUUCGCUGCCUGGGAUGCAGGUGCUUCAGGAGUGAUCUUUCCCCAUAUACAGAACGUCGAACAAGCUAAAGCUGCUAUCAGUGCAUGUCGCUUUCCUCCAGUCGGCAAUCGAUCUGGUCCACCUAACGCAAUGCAAUUUGGAUACAAUGAUGGUGCUGCUGGAGGUGGUGGUGUGUUCGAAGUAUGGAACAGGGCUGCUAUCAUCUUACAAAUCGAAGACGAGGAAGGAGCAGACAACGCCGAUGCCAUUGCGGCUCUGGAAGAAGUGGAUGGUCUAAUGCUAGGUCCAGGUGAUCUCGCUUUCUCACUCGGUUUGACUUUUGCCGAGAUUGGGAAGGAUGAAAAGUGGUUGUCCUGCGCGUCCAAAGUGGCUACUGCGGCCGAGAAUCAUAGUCUCGCUUACCUCAUGCCCGGAAUGGGCUCUGCCCAAGUAGGUCUUCAUCUACAAAGCGGUGUCACCAUGACCUGUGCAGCCAACGACUCUAUGAUUAUGGCGAUUGGUCUAAGAAAGGAAUUGAUUUCUGCUCAUGAGCAGCUCGCAGUUUGGAAGACUUCGAAACAUUAG